UUUGCAUGUCAAAAAAGGGGAUAACGUAAGAUAUAUAUCAUUCUUAAAACUGUCUUAGUUUCUUGCAAGUGGCCUUUAAAAAGAAGAGCAACACCUAAGACAACCUCGGACUUGGCUAUUUUUGCUUAUGAGGUUUAAUAAUUAGGAAAGAAACAUUUGCUUGUGUCUCGUAAUUUCUUCAUAUUUUCAUUAUUUCCAAGCAUGCAAGCAACUUGAAGGAUUGAAGAUGAUGGCAGGAGAUACAACUUGUGAAACUACUAAAGAUACGAAGAAAAUGACGAAAAGCACCCAAAGAAGCCUAAAUGUGAACGAGGAGUACCUUGGUGCAUUAAGAACAAAAUCUUAUGGUGAUUUCUUUACAAAAGCUCAAUUAUUAGUAAAUGAACCAUCAUCUCCUAAUUCUCAUGAAUUAUGCCACAAUACUUUCUCAGAAAUUCUCCUUGAUCCGGGCCAAGACAAAAUUACAUCAAUUCUUGAAUCAACUAUUUUUCCAGCCAAAAAGUAUGAUCUCAAAUCCCUUCUUACAAAUUACUUCAACAUAAGUGCAGAAGCAUCAAAAUUCUGUAGCCACAUUCUUAAAAGCAUUAGCCAAGUCCAAUCUCACUAUGAUUUUGUCGAACAAGUCCUUGACUCGAUCGAUAAUUGUUCCAAUUUUGACCAAUUUGGUUACCUAGUACUCGAGCUACGAUCUUUUAUCAUCCACAAUAACCCCUUCUCAGACCUUAAAAACCAAGAUUUCACGCGAAUUAGUGAUGAAUAUUCAUCGGUGUUGCAAAGUCUAAAGUACAAGAAGAAAAGGGUUGCUAGGAAAAUAAAAUUGAUCAAAUGUGUCAAUAAGACUUCCGGGGUAUGUGUGACAGCGGCUUGUGGACUAGUUGCUGUGGCAGCAUUAGUACUAGCAGCACAUACAUUUGCUGCAAUUGUCAUGGGACCAGCGAUUUUAAGCCUACCUUUAAAGCCAUUAAGGAAAAAAAUUAUGAGUUUUCGAUACUUGAAAUGUGGAUUUCUAAGGAAAGUUGGAGAUCAACUUGACGUCGCAACAAAAGGUACUUAUAUUUUGAAUAGGGAUUUCGACACGAUUUCUAGGCUUGUUUCUCGACUUCAUGAUGAAAUUGAUCAUAAUAAGACAAUGAUUCAAUUGUGUUUGGAUAAAAGGGAAGAUAAGUUUUCAUUGGAAGUGUUGAAGGAGUUGAAGAAGAGUAAUAUUGGGUUCAAGAAACAAGUGGAGGAGCUUGAAGAACAUGUUUAUUUAUGUCUUUUGACCAUUAAUCGUGCUAGAGCUUUGGUCAUUAAGGAAAUUGCAAAAUCAUGUGGGAAUUGAAAAAGGCCUGUGUAUUUAAUAGUUUAAUUCUUUGAUUUGAUUUGUAAAUAUGAGUUAUUCAUGUAAAUGACUUCUUGAAUAUUGAAAAAUUGAGACCUUUC